UUUACAAAACCAAUUAUUUUGUUACCUUUUCGUAAUGCAUUUGUAGCUUUGCCUCAGCUACACAGCAUGUAACUUAAUGGCGUUUACAGGAUGUCUUCAUUCAGUGUGGUCGAGUUUGUGGAUGAAGUUGACUCUGAUGGCUGCAAGAAGGUAGACAUCGUUCCAUCAGAGUGGUUCCAUGACGCAGAGAGAAAAUUAUGCUGGUGGCCUCCUGCCUCACUGGUGAAUGUGACAAAGGCUGUAAAGGAAGGAACACCACCAACCAGCAACUGGAUACUCUGCAAUGUCCGUGUCAUGGGAAAUGCAGCAACUUAUGCAAAUGCCAGGGCAAAGUUGCAUCAAGCAGAGUAUUCAUCAGACUUGACGGACAAUGAGAAUGGCAUAAGAAAAAGAAAGCCAAGUGUUAAACUGAUGAAGAAUCAACUGAGCAGCCACACUGAAUCAAGUGAGCCUUCUGAUUCAGAUGAGGAACUUCCACCCACGCCUCCAGAACAACUCCUUAAGCGACCCUCUAGAAAAAACAAUAGUUGCCGCCAGCCCCGCUGCCCGGAGUGCCGCCAGCCCCGCUGCCCGGAGUGCCGCCAGCCCCGCUGCCCGGAGUGCCGCCAGCCCCGCUGCCCGGAGUGCCGCCAGCCCCGCUGCCCGGAGUGCCGCCAGCCCCGCUGCCCGGAGUGCCGCCAGCCCCGCUGCCCGGAGUGCCGCCAGCCCCGCUGCCCGGAGUGCCGCCAGCCCCGCUGCCGGAGUGCCGCCAGCCCCGCUGCCCGGAGUGCCGCCAGCCCCGCUGCCCGGAGUGCCGCCAGCCCCGCUGCCCGGAGUGCCGCCAGCCCCGCUUGUGAACCCAUGUUCUCGAAAGUACUUGCCAUUUUAGAGGAAGUGAAGGAGACUCAACUGGUUCAUAGCAAGAUGUUAAAUGCCUUGCUGAAGCAGAAAAAUUGUUCAGUUACGGAGGUCCCUGAAGGGGUUGUUUUACCUCUUAAAACCCAAGACGAUGUUGAGGCUCUUAAUGGAAAACUGGAGGACUCCAGUCUCAUGUCUGCUGUAGUUGCCAUGGUAGCAGAUAUAGGGGGAACAAGUGUAGAUGAUGCUACAAGGAGAAUGAUGAAAUUCCUCAUAUCACCCAAGCUUGCCGUGGAGUACAACUUGCUUAGCCGACACGGGAAGAAAAAGUUCCGAGAUUUGCGCCUCUUUAAUGUUGUGUAUGAGGCACUGAAGAAGAAUUCUUUGACUGCAAAAGUCAACCUGCAAGAAGCAGAGAAAGCUCUCUCCAAAUGGUUCACUGGAGCUAGAGACAGAGGAGGACUGAGGGCUGCUAGGGGACAAAAUAGACUAAUGGCUCUGUAAAAAAACAUAACAGACACCCCUGCUGAUUCAAGACAAGGUUCUGAGUUUCCCUUCUUAUUUUUUCCCAUGUUGCUACAGUUCUUAAACCCACAGUUGUGGGACAAAAUAAAUGUGAACAAAAUGUGUUUCGUGUCCCCUCUUGAUGUUUCUGUUUGCAGUCAGCUUUAAUAUAUUUAGUGUCUUUGUGUCACAGAAGCCAUAUUGGCCGUCUGUUAAAUUGAUUUUGUGGCCGUUUUUCUACCCGCCCAGUGCCAGAAAUGAGCCAAUUCAAACAAGAAGUAAGAUGCAACUACAGAACCCACUGAUAAUGCCAUUCCAACUUUUUAGCUCAUGUUUUCCUCAUGUUGUACCCACUAAGAACUUGAAAAAAAAUGGGGCCCGGGUGGGUUUCUGUGUACUUUGCCCAGUUGGGGUCCAUUUAGUUCCCAGAUUUUACCAAUAUAACACCAAGAUGGGCUUAUAAAAUGGGGCCAUUAUGGAACCCGCGGACAAUCCCACUUAAAACCCACUUUUUAGCCUAUUUGGUGCCCACAUGGUAGCCACAAAAAACUUGAAAGAUGGGGCCUGGGUGGGUUUCUGUGUAUGUUGCCCAGUUGGGGCCCAUUUAGUUCCUAGAUUUUACCAAUAUAACGCCUAUAUGGGCAUUUAACAUGGGGCCAUUACGGAACCCGCGGACAAUUCUAUAUGGGGCCCAUUUUUCAGCCCAUUUCCAAACCAUAUGGGCCCCACAUAUAAAUGUUGGCUGGGACCUAGUCUUGUCUCCUUUGAGCUCAGUUUCUAAAGGCCUCUCAUAUUAAAAUACAUAAAACAAUAUAAUCAGAAAAUAAGCAUUAAAAAUACAAAAUAAUAAUAAACAAAAUAAUACAAAGAUUUAAGCUUAAAUUUAGGUCUAAUUAUAGUAUGAAAAUAACAAACCAGAAGUCUCCA